AGAUAAUGCCACCACUUGCUAUAAAUACAUGAGCAACACGUAGUCGGAAGCGCCUCACUUCCAUUGCACGAAUCAGCUUUGACGGAAGACAACGGCAUAGUUAAAGAUGAGGAAGCUUUUCGCUAGAGAACGCACCGUUACUGAAAAAUGCGUUCUGUUAAGUGUUUAUUUUGCUCUUCUGCUGGACAAUCUUUUACUUACGGCUGUCGUUCCUAUUCUACCGCAUUUUGUACACCACGACCCCGUAGAUGAAACUGGAGUCCUUCCGGCCACCGAAAUCCAGUCCAGCAAUGAAACGCUAACUAAAGCCAGCUUGUAUAAUCUGUUAAAGUCCUCUGCUCAGCAUUUUCACAUUGGCCGGGGCUAUCAGCCCGAAGUAGGCGAUAACAGUCGACUUGGGUUCUUGCUUUCGCUAAAAGCAAUAGUACAGUUGGUUGCCAAUCCAUUAGUCGCCAUCGUCAUUCAGAAAAAAGGAUUUUCUUUACCUCUUGUUUUUGGCACCAUCAAUUUGAUCUUAUGCUCUUUGCUUUUUGCUUUCGGACGAUCUUACGAGGUCUUGUCAUCGGCACGGGCUCUGCAGGGCAUCACAUCCGCUUGCUUUACCAUUGCUGGACUAGGAUUGGUGGCAUCCACUUACAGGGAAGAGGCUAAACGGAGUGAAGCAAUUGGCCGAGCCUUGGGUGGAGGGGCUGUCGGAGUCCUGCUCGGGUAUCCAAUCGCUGGAUUUUUAUACCAUCUAACUGGAAAAACUGUUCCAUUCCUGUUGAUUACUUUUCUUGCCGUCAUGUUAUUAGUUGCUUUUUCGUUGGCGCUACGUUUCGCUGAAGAAGAGUUGAUCGAAGAAAACAUUUGCUUUUCCUCAGAUCAUUUUAGCCAAAAACCUGCUGCGCCUGGCGUUUCUCAGUAUGUUAAUCAUCGCAAUUUGAUUCUGGGCGUCGCGAUAGGGGCCAUAUUCUUAACCACAUCGGUUAUGUCUUUGUUGGAACCUUGCUUGCCUCUUUGGCUCAUGAAGACAAUGAAACCUGAACGAUGGCAACUUGGGGCCGUGUUUAUUCCCGACAGUUGCGGUUAUUUACUUACCACUCAUUUCCUGGGUGGUUUCGCGUAUCGUGUUGGCCGGUGGAAAGUAGCAAUGCUGUCUGUGAUAAUCUUGGGUAUUUCUUGCACUUUGGUAACGUGCAUUUUCGAGAAAUUUAUGCAAAUAAAAUUCUAUUUUACAACUGAAUUUUUUUUAAUUGUCCAGGUACCUUUAGUUAGUUCCAUUAUUUAUCUGACUGGUCCACAUUUUGGCAUCGGAAUCGGAAUAGGUGCAGUUGAUGCGUCGCUCGUACCUCUGUUGGCUACACUGGCCGAUAAACAUCCAAGUACAGACAUAACGGACGACUUGCCUACUACUCCAUCGUACGGCAGAACUUUCGCUCUAGGUCAAACAGCAGUCAGCUUGGCUUAUUGCCUGGGUCCUAUUUUAGGCGGUGUCCUGGUAGAGUCAUUGGGAUUCCCUCGUCUUAUGCUUUGCAUUGGCAUCCUCAAUUUACUGUUUUCACCUCUUAUCUUAAUCCUUAAACCUGAAAAGCCAUCAAAAGUAUCAGAGCUAACUGCUCUGAGAAUGUUCUCAGACAGUUAUAAAGGAUACAGUCGCUUUGAAGAUGAAGAGAUCGAUUAUGUAGAGGAGAAACGUUAA